AUGAGUUCUCCUCUUUCCUCCCUGGGAAAGCACCGCAGAGUCCCACUGCAGCUACACAGUCCAGGGAAAAGGACAGUGCCAUUUAAACUGAGUGCCUACGAUGAGGAUGAAGCUGCGCUGCUGAAUGACAUCUUGUCUCCUAGAACAAAGAUUCCAGUGCAAGACAUUUCCCCUUCCUGCUCAAAGGGAACAGCAACAAAAACAAGUACCCAUGGGGCAGCUCCGACUGACAUGGAGCUCAUGUCCUCCAUGAUGCAAAAAAUUGCUUUGUUGGAACAAAAAGCAAAGAGCCAAGCACAGGAAAUCCAGCUGAAGGCUAGAAAGGUUGCUGAACUUGAGAAGCAGGUGCAGAUCCUUCAGAAAGGAAAAGAUUCCCCAGAGUCAAGCAGAAUAGAGGAACUGGAGGUGAAGUGUCUUCAGCUGCAGAAUCAGGUCUGGGAAAUGGAGCGGUUUCUGAAUGAUUAUGGAUUGAUUUGGGUUGGAGAGAGCAAUGAACAGCUGGAAGAGUUGAAAUCAUUGAAGAAGCAGGAAAAUCAGCCUUCAAGGGGUCUCUGGAAACCAGGCGACUCAACUGUUUCCAAGCACCCGAUCGAUUUUGAUUUAAUUUUGGAAAACCUGAAAGAUUUAAACGUGCUGGCUGGGGAAGGUGUGUCUCAAAUCGAGCGCACAGCAGGAGGUGCUAGACUGAGGCAGCCCCAAUCGAUAGCCCUCACUUUUUAUCAGAAUGGGAUAGUCAUGUUCAAUGGACCUUUCCGGUCGUACGAGGAGCCAUCCACGCAGCAAUGUCUUCAGGAUAUCAUGGAUGGCUAUUUUCCCUCAGAGCUACAGACGCGCUACCCGGAUGGCGUUCCUUUUCAGGUCACUGACAGGAGAGACGUUUUCUUUCGGGAGAGGCAGCUACCAGAGAACUUUCCUGGCCAGGGGCAGGUAGUUGGCCAUUCGAGGUCAAGUGAGGUAAAGGAAACCAGUGAGAUCCCAGGUCCCAAGCUCUCACUGGAGCAGUUUCUGAACAAACUUCCUAAAUCCUUGAUCCGGGAGGGACAAGUGAUUGAUAUCCGAGGACCAAUCAAAGAAACUCUGCAGGGCUCUCAUGGGACAGGUAGCAAUGAAGUGAUCCUGGUGGAGACGCCCAGCCUUGCAUCAAUGAAAGAGAGGUUGAAGGCAGACGAACAGGACCAGCCUCCAGCCCCCAACAUCUCCACUCUCCGGAUAAAAUCUGAGAAUGGGGAGCAGACAUACAUUGUAAAAAUGCUCUUCACAGAGACCAUAGGAGACCUGCGCCGGCACCUCGCCCAGAGCAGGGGUGGAGAACCACAGCCGUAUGAGAUCAUCAGCACCUUUCCCCAGAGAGUGUAUACUGACAACUUCAUGACCCUGCAGGAGUGUGGACUGAUUCCCAACGCCUCCCUUCUGCUGCGGGAAAAGAUCCCUUUGGCCAAGGAGGGACAGGGCCACAGAUAG